CUCGCGCCGAGGAGGGAGCAAUUGAAUUUCAAACACAAACAACCGCACGAGCGCGCAGCACCGCGCCGCCGCAGCCGCGCCCGCCCCGUCCGAGCGGCGCGGGCGCACAGCCGUGGCCGCGCCGGAGCUGGGGCCGGGGGCCGCCAUCGAGGCGGGGGCCGCGCGAGGGCCGGAGCGCAGCGGCGCCGCCACCGCCGCGCGCGCAAACUUGGGCUCACGCUCGCCGGCGCGGCGCGGAGCCCGGGGCGCCCGGAGCCCCGCCAUGUCGCGCUCCAACCGGCAGAAGGAGUACAAGUGCGGGGACCUGGUGUUCGCCAAGAUGAAGGGCUACCCGCACUGGCCGGCCCGGAUCGACGAGAUGCCGGAGGCCGCCGUGAAAUCCACAGCCAACAAGUACCAAGUCUUUUUUUUCGGGACCCAUGAGACGGCAUUCCUGGGCCCCAAAGACCUCUUCCCGUACGAGGAGUCCAAGGAGAAGUUCGGCAAGCCCAACAAGAGGAAAGGCUUCAGCGAGGGGCUGUGGGAGAUUGAGAACAACCCCACUGUCAAGGCCUCCGGCUACCAGUCCGCCCCGAAGAAGAGCUCUGUGGACGAGCCCGAGCCCGAAGCCGCAGAGGGGUACGGCGACAAGAAGGGGAGCGCCGAGGGUAGCAGUGACGAGGAGGGGAAGCUGGUCAUCGACGAGCCCGCCAAGGAGAAGAAUGAGAAGGGGGCGCUGAAGAGGAGAGCAGAGGACACGCUGGAGGACUCCCCUAAACGUCCCAAGGAGGCAGAAGACCCUGAAGGGGAGGAGAAGGAAGUAGCCCCCUUGGAGGGUGAGAGGCCCCUCCCUGUGGAGGUGGAGAACAGCACCCCCUCGGAGCCCAGCUCUGGCCGGGGCCCUCCUCAAGAGGAGGAGGAGGAAGAGGAGGAGGAGGAGGAGGAAGAGGCUGCCAAGGAAGAUGCCGAGGCCCCAGGCAUCAGAGAUCAUGAGAGCCUGUAGCCACCAAUGUUUCAAGAGGAGCCCCUGCCCCGUUCCUGCUGCUGUCUGGGUGCUACUGGGGAAACUGGCCAUGGCCUGCAAACUGGGAACCCCUCCCCCCACCCCCCUGCUCUCCUCUUCCACUUAGUCCCCCCCGCUCCAAGCCCAGCCUCUGGAGACUGACCUGAUGGGGCAGGCCACCUGGCCCUCACCUCCAUGUCCCCAACACCCUGUGAUCUGAUCUGAGUCAGGGCCCUGUCUUCUGCUUCAUGGGCUGAGAUGCGACCAUUGUGUCCCUGCCUGCCUGGAGCUGUUUCUGAGGGUAUCCUGUGGGGCCUGGACUGGCUGUUUCCACCUCCUGACACCCUCCCCACCCCCCUCCCCAGCAUUCUGGACCUCUGGGUUAGCUGGGAUCAGAGGUAGGAGUGGAAAGGCUGGAGAAGAGACAGCAGGGUCGGCUUCUGGGCCUGAGAAGGGCCGCCUGCAAGCUGGGGAGGAGGGUGGGCAGGAGGGUGGUGUCUUGGUGCACUCCUGUCCCUUCCUCCCACACCUAUUAUCCCAGCUGCCUAGAUUCGGGGAAAGUGGGACAGCUUGUGGGGGAGGGGCUCCCCUCCAUAAAUCCUUGAUGAUUGACAACACCCUUCCUUUUGGUGACCCCAGGAGUUCUGGGAGUUGUAGCUGAUCAUCAAAAGAUUGGGGCCUCCUGAGUCUGGCAGGGUCGGCCCCACCCAGCGAGGGGCGAGGGGAGUACUGAGGAGUAUCUGUAUCCCCCCUUGAUCUCUGCCCUGGGGAGACCCCUAGCCCUGUCCCCUCCCCACGUGCUCAAGGCCAGCCUACAGUCCGAUAUGUCACCCAGACAUAAAGGAAAAGACACAUUUUUUAGGAAAUGUUUUUAAUAAAAGAAAAUUACAAAAAAAAAAAUUGUAAAGACCCCCUCCCUUCGUGUGCCCCCUCCCCAUCACGCCCGCCCCCACUGCUGCCCCCACUCCCGAAGUGCACCGGGAGGCUCCCCUUCUGUUUGGGGUCUGACGACCUCUCUUCUGUAGCUGGGGCUCUGGUGUUCCUUCUCUUGUCACGGCCCGUUCCCGCCCCCGCCCGGUCUCCGCGCGUCCCCAGACCCGGGCCCCACCGAGAGGACAGGGAGCCAAGUGCCCUCGCCAGCCUCGCGCGCGGUCUCCCUGCCUCUCUCCGGUCUCCUGUCCGCCCUCGCCCUCUCCCCCGGGCUCUGAUGAAAACUCGCUGCCUGUAGCUUUGGGAGUGUAGCCCCGAGACUAGCCGGUUUCAGUUCUAGGACAAUAAAACCCGUUGAUUACUA